AUGGCUUCUUCUAGAACGCAUACCCAGGUCACCCCACGAAGAAGGGAAUCCCAUGGAGUACAACAAGAGCCUCCUAGAUGGGUAGAAAAAUUCAGACCAAACUCGCAGGAGCGUACUAGUGGAGACUAUGACCCUACUAUUAGGGAAAUAGCAAGACAAAGAAGACCCCCGUUAGAUAAGGAACGCACACCUGAGCCAAAUCAGGAAUGCCUGCCCAGAGCGGCUCUCAACAAGGCACUUGGAGAAAUAAGAGAAGUGAUGCUACAAUACUCGUCUUGUGCGGACCCUUUGGAAAGUGCAGCUCGUAGAGAACGUCUUAGACAAGCCUAA